AUGGCACAGAAAGGAACGCGCAUAGGACCGCUGCCUGGGGGUCGCCGGGGCGCGUCUGGAGCUGGCGCUGGACGCGGCAGCAUGCAGGCCGCCAGCCGAGCGCGAGGAGCUGCACGAUCACCUAGCAGCCCCUCGCAUCCAUCAUCCUCACCAGAAGGCUUGGUGUCGGCUGGGUCUUCUUGGACCCAGCAAGCGGCACCCGCCGCUGGUGGAGCACGUCGCAUGCGUUGGACAAAAUCCAUGAACGAAAACGCAUUGCGGGCGUACUAA